UGCGUGUGUGUGUGUGCGUGUGUGUGUGUGCGUGUGUGUGUGUGUCCUCAGUUUUAAGCUAAAGGAACUAUCUGUUCCAAAUGUUGGGCUGCAUGUUGCACACCUGUCAUGUUCGGCAGCAGCAGAAACGACAGACAGGAAGUUCUUCUACACAAUGAAGCACGUGGCUCAAAGUCAUGAUUCCUCCCUCCUCAGCAGUGUUGUGAACAGUUCACCUGAGCUGGGAGCUGCCUCUCUGUCCCCGUCGUUGAAUUAUUCACGAGUCGACUGUGCCGGCAGAAUCCAGUUUCCUUCAUGUCGUCUGCAGGCUCAGUUACCAGAUGACUGAACAGCGCCUGUCGGCCGGGACACGUCACAGUCAACACGGUUCUGCUGCUGACCGCAGGAUCCGCAGACUGACAGUGGCUGAGCGACGCCAGCUGAACACAGGUUCUGUACUAUUUGCACUUCUGUGUGUUGGUGAUACAAAAUGCCAGUUAGUUGUCUGAGAGCAAACUUCAGUAAGUGAGAGUAAUGACACAGAAGAGGACCUUUGAUCUGGUUGUGCAAACAGACGUAUCCUGUUUAUGAAGUAUUUGAUUAGAGUCGGCCAUCCUCCCUCUGUUCUCCUCCUGUGAUCCAUCUUCAUAUCUUUUAUAGACAUUUUCAAAAACUGGACAAAGUCAAUUAUGACCUGAACCCGUUCACGUAAAUACCGAACAGAAGUUUCUUCGAAGACAUUUCGAUGGUUAUGGGAAAAGCUUGCAUGACUUUUUUGCAUAACCAAAUAUUGAUCUAUUGGGUAUUUCCAUAUCCUGUGUUUGGGUAGUGAAUCUAACAGGUGGUGCGUCACGAGUGCUCCGCCUCUGCAGAGCCACGGAUGCAAAUAGGUGUCAUUUUACUCUUGUUCCUUCUGGUACAGAGCAGCAGUCAUCAGAUCACAGCAGCGAUUACAAUGGAAAGAGGACGACGUGCUGCCUGCAACUGAGACGCAUCGACAACAACAUUCAACAGGAUCAUUCAACCGCUCGUCGUCAUCAUCCUGCUGCAGCGAUGCCCAUCGCAGAUCUGCUGGGAGUGCAGUUCGACAUGCAGCUGCUGUUGAAACUGGGUUUCUCUGUGGCUGUGGUGCUGCUGGCGUCCUGGGCCCACAGGUUCUACAGCUCCAGGGAGGCCAAGAAAGUCCAGCUCCGUGUCAAAGACGACAAAGAGGAACAAAAUGCAACCUGCCAAAACUUCAAGACAACACUGAGAAGUUCACCACAACAUGACGACGACGACGACGGGAGCAAGCGACGCAGAUCCUCCGACUCAGACUCUGGUGACCUGACGUCUCUCAGCACCGAUGAAACGCCGGCAGAAAGUCGUCCACGCCGAGCGGAAAACAGAGAAGAUGCAGUUAGCAUGUCAAAUAACGAUGGAGACAUCAGCAGGACCGGAGGAACGCUCACUCGUCAGAGGCAGGCAGAGGUUGCCACCAGUAAUAUUUCGUUUGGAUCUGCUUUGAACCUUCCUGAUCCAGCUGAGAGUGGGAUGGCCGGUACAACAGGGCGCCGCUCCCCCUGCUUUCUGCAGAAGCUGGAGGGCAGUGUGGGCGUGGGCCGGGAGCUCAGGCAGGACUUGGAGCGCCAGGGUGCCUACUCCAGCUUCCUCUCCAAGGCAGAGAUCAAAGUGGAGGAUGCUCACGUGGUGCUGGAAGGAACAGGAGACCAGAUUGUGCGUGGAAAGAUUUAUGAUUACUACGUGGAGUCUUCGUCUCACUCUGUUACUGACUCAAACACGGGGCCGGAUCAGUACGAGAGGAACUCCGAGCCGCCGCCAGGAGAGUAUGGAAGUCUGACAGAAUCCCCCAUCAUUAUGUGUGAUCUGGUUUUACCACAGAGUUCUGUUGAGGGUCUCUCCUCACCAGGAAGCCACAACUCGAGGAUCCCCACCAGCCCUGUGCACCGACGCACUGAGAGUUAUCUGUCUGCAGCAGAGCAGCGUGAGCCUCCCAUCCCCUCUGCGACUUCAGCUCCAGUGAUUCACUCUCUGGCCUCAACGAGCAAUGAGCCCCUCUGUGUUCACCCGCCGAUCAGUAGUGACAGCGAAGGCCCUAAUGUGAGCGAGGGGGCUGAUGUCGACACUGUAGCAGGGGCUGCGUUUCUACAUCUCCCAGCGAAAACCCUUGAUGGCACAGAUUUGGAAAGCUUGCACAGUAAACUUGAUCUGGGAAACAGUUUGGAGACACUGUACCUGGCCAAAAAACAGGGCCAGGCCUCGGUGCAGCAGGCAGCCCUGGGGGUCAUGUCAGACAACUACCUCCAGGUGCUCAGGGACCCCAACAUUUAUGGACGACUAAUGGCUGGUGAGCGGGAACAAAUCAGAAAGCAAAGAAGAGGGGGGAGGAAAUUCCUCAUGGUGGCAGAUAUAGACCCUCAAGACUGGACGAGGAACACGGGAGGGCCGACGGCAGAGACGGAGCAGAGGAGGACGACGUCCAGUGCUCUGCACUAUUAUGACGACUACAAGGACUCCUGGCAAACCCUCUGCCUGAUCCCAGAGGAGGUCAUCUCCAAAGCCUGUGCAAUGUGCACAAUGGAUAACUACCUUUUUGUGGCAGUGGGCUGCCAAGGCACAGACAGAGACAUGACACCCUCAAAGCGAGUGUUUUGCUACAAUCCUCUGACAUCCAUUUGGAAGGAGAUCAGUCCCAUGAAUGAGGCCAGACCCCGCUGCAAACUGGCAGCGCUGGAGGGCUUCAUCUACGCCAUCGGAGGAGAGUGCCUCUCCUCGGUGGAGCGCUAUGACCCUCGACUGGACAGAUGGACGUUUGUGGCUCCGCUGCCCAACGACACGUUCGCUGUGGCUCAUCACGUCACCGUGUGCGACGGAGAGCUCUUUGUUUCUGGGGGAACUCUGAGAUAUUUGCUGCUGCGCUACAGCCCCAGAACGAACAGCUGGAGGCCGAGUCUGUUGGUCGGCAGCAAAGACAGAACGGCAGACAUGGUGGCCGUGGGGAGGUUUCUGUAUCGCUUCGACAUGAACCCACUGCUGGGCGUGAGCGUGUACCGCUACCACACUGUGGCUCGGCUGUGGUACGAGUGCAGCUUCAAACGCCUCGCGCACUGCCCGGUCUUUCAGUGCGUCUCCAUGGACGACACGAUUUAUUGCGUGAGCCGGCAGUUCACCAUGAGGUUGGAGGCGGAUGAGAUCUCUCCUGCCUUCACAGAUGAGGACUUGAGUGUCCUCUCUGCAGCGAAGGGCAUCCUCUUCCCCUUCGUCCUCUCCCUCCCCGAUAAGAAGCCUCGGCAGACCAGUGUGUAACAAGGACUCAGUUUUGCGUCGAUGAUCAGAUUAGCUGAUGAUGGAGUGUCCCUGCAGCAGCAGGAGCUUUACAUCAAGUUUCCUUUGCCCAAAGCUUCUGUUUCUUAAAUCAUUUCUUCUUCUUUUUUUGGAUUAAGCACAAAGAAAUGUGUGUCUCGUGUCUCGGCCUCUGGCUGCACAUGUAAAGUAUGAGACAGUCGUCCAACUGCUGUUUGUGUACAUGUACGCAGGAUGUGCGGUCGUGUGAGUUGUUUGCUUCUUUGAUUUGCUUCUCUUUCCUGCCAUUAACUGGGUUCAUAUCAUUUCAGAUGCUUCACCUCUCUCUCUCUCAUGAGUGCGUCUAAGAGUAAAUGAGUUUGUUCGACUCUUACACAUUAGAGAGAUUCUGCAUUGUAGUCAUAAUCUGUCAGGGUGCAGGAUGCGUAGGGCACAGAUAUAAGUUACACAGUGGCCUGAAUACGCAACGCAAUUAUCUACAGUUGCUCUUUAAACAUGACAGGAUGUAAAUGGGGUUUGUCAAAGAAUGUAAAUGUGAGUUUCUACAUGCAUUUGUCACAACCUGUAAAAAUGUGUUUUCAUCUUGUCUGAGCAGUUUGUUUCUCACUGCUCCAACUACGUCUCUCUGUUUUGUUAUGUGAGAAAUAUAUGAAUUAUAUGUUGUGCAUAGUAUAUUAAUCCGGAGUAAGUCAAUAACAGGAUUAAGCCAAAUGUAUAUUUUGAAAUGACAUUAACAAUGAAAACUGCAUAAGAAUGAUUCAAACAUUAAACUGAUCAUUUACAACCAA